CAGCCGCAGCAAUUGAAGAAGAACAAGAAUUUGUUGAUGAUGACAACGAAUUUUCAAGAGACGUUUCAUCAUACAGCAAUACUCGAACUCGUGUGCGUGGACGCGGACGUGGACGAGCAGCCGCAGCAAUUGAAGAAGAACAAGAAUUUGUUGAUGAUGACAACGAAUUUUCAAGAGACCUUUCAUCAUACAGCAAUACUCGAACUCGUGGGCAUAGACGCGGACGUGGACGAGCACCCGCAGCAAUUGAAGAAGAACAAGAAUUUGAGGAUGAUGACAACGAAUUGUCAAGAGACAUAUCAACAUAUAGAAGCACUACUCGAGCGCGAGGUCUCGAUGGUAGCAGAAAUCGGGGACUUGGAAAUCGCACCGCUAUUGAAAAAAUGGAGCUUGAUGAAGAGUUUGGUGAUGAUCCAAAAGCUGUUACGCCAGAAGCAGAUUAUGAUAGCGGCCGUCUUGAAUCAAUUGUUAACCAGGGAACGAGUGCAGCAAUGAAAAGAAGAGUUGAUAGUUUAUUUGAUUCACCUACACCAAAAAGAAAAAUGACCGAUACCGCAUUUUCUAUAUUAUCACAAAGAAGCGCGAAACUCAAUUCGCAAUCAAUUCAACGAACACAAUCUAUCAAUGAGAGAGAUGAUGAUGAUGAUUUGUUUGAUUAA